GGUGUACAUGUUGCUGCUGGAUUUAUCAUUUUCAUAUUUUUUAUAUCGUAGGUAUAAUAAGUGACUUCAAAGGGAUCAUAGUAGGGCCUGACCGAUAUUAGAUUUUUGGGGACGAUAACGAUAUCACAUUAAGAGUUCAGUCAGAUCAGCCAGACGACAUCAAACUGGAAAACCAGAAAUGAUCUUAUUGAUGAAAUAGAAUCCAGGUUUACCACAUAGUUUUAAUCCGUUGUGGCCCAAAUGCCAUCUUAUCUAAUUACCUUUGAGAUUCACCAUAUAAUGACUCAGCUUAUUCAAAGUACAACUGUGAAAACUCGACUGGUGAAGUAUAACCUACAGCUUUAGAAACAAACAGCUUACGUUUCCUCCCUUUGAGCACAAAAAUGACGUUCUUUGUUAAAUCAAAUAUUUGGUAAAUGGUGCAGAUGAUCAACCUCUUCAGUUGAAAUAAUGAGAAUUAUACAUAUAAUAUAAUAGAAAUGCCAAAAUACACUGGAGUACUACUGUGUUGGACCAGAAUAUAGUGGACAUGCCCCCUAGGUGCAGCUGCUUAGAUAUCAAAUGCCAAAUUCUCUGUCUAAAGAAGUUUAAAUAGCCAGGGAAUCUCGGGGAAGCCACAGAGUACAAUAUGCAUGUGUGUGUUUUAUACUACUAGGUUAUCAUUGUUAUAUAACAGAACAAAGUUGAACCCUGGACCCAUUGAAUGUAUCCUGCAUCCUCUAUCCUGUUUCAGAGCUUCAGGGUGAGUCUGUUCUGACGGGUUUAAACGGGAAUGGUUCUGUUUUCAGAGAAAUGGAUUUCAAUAUUUAUGAGAGCUUCUUCAACGGACUAGCUACGUCUCUGUACAAGAAUGGAGCCUUCAGUCAGACAAGUACGGUGACCAGUGUACCUGCAAAGUCUUUUUUGAAAACUUUGCAGUUUUUCAGGCAACCACUCGGGCUGAUGAAAACUCUUUCCAUCGAGGUGAAAGUCACUGAAGCGCCCAGCUUCAGCAUCAGGCAGAGUGAUGGAAUCACUGUCAACACCAGAGCCAGAGUGCGAGUGUUCACAACGAAGGCCAAAAACAAGAUCAGGGCCGUCAAGAAACAGAGAAAUCUCCUCUCUGUGUCAGCGACAUUUAAGGUUGCUAUGGAGGUUGCUAUAACAUGGCAGAGUCUGACUUUCCAUUCACAUGAAGUCCUCUGUACCAUCGUCACCAAAACUGCCUUCAGAGAUGCAUUGGUGAGCGUUUUAAACAGUUUUCUGAAGAGCAAGAUUGAGAAAAAGAUUUCUAAAAUGUCCAAAGAAGUGGCAUCCACUCCUGGAGAGAUCGACAUCUGUAAGGUGAGUCUGAUGCACUUUGGGCUCCAUAAGGGUCAGGGUGAGCCUGGAAGUUGCUGACGCCAUAAUGGAGAAGCUGGUGGAGAAGCUGGUGGGGAAGGUCCACGAGAGACUUGGAGAAGUGCUGAAGCGUGUAUGAAGUCUGGUUGAGAUU